CUGUCAUCAAGAUUCAAAAUAAGAAAAAAAAAAAUAAAACGAAAAAAUAUUUGUUAAAAAAUUAAAAUUAAAUUAAUUAUCCUUUUGUUUUUGUUUUUAUUUUUUGUUAAAUUAAAUAUCCGACCAAUAUGCAUAGAGUAUUAAGUUAUCAAACAGCCAUGAGGGCUAGCGGUUCCAGAGAUAUACGUGAAUAUGUUACAAAACGGACAUGCGUUAGCCUUAUAUUAAGUAUUGCGUUUUUCACAUUAAUAGCAGGUUUUUUAUUAGGUAAAUUUGUAUCUGAUCGUCAAUAUCAUAUAAAACAUAUUAAUGAGGUUCAAUUACCACCACAUAUACAUCCGAUUAAUGAUGAAUUUACAGAAUAUAAAAGAGCUAGAGAACAAUUAACACAAACUACACGUUUAUUAUCAGAAAAAUAUAGAUUACAGCAUAUUUCAUCGGAUUCAACAAAUGCAUUAAUUUAUAAUAAAUAUGUUGCUUGUGUUCAAGAAGGUCCUGAAAAACAACAUGAAUAUGUUGAUAUAUUUGUUGAUAAUUUAUUAUCAAGUCAGACUGCAAAACAUAUAGAAUGCUUAGGAAUACUAAAAGACUAUAUAAAUAGUUUAUUAUUAAAUUAA